GAUCCCAGCUUCCGGUCUUCGAGGAAGAGUUAGCAGCAGUAGCACAUAGAUAUUCCUUCUAGUUUCGUUGACAUUAGAACACAAUGGCCGAUAAAGCGCAGAUACAAGAUGCAAUUAAAACACAAGGAGAAGUCGUGCGGAAGCUAAAGACAGAGAAAGCCAGCAAAGAGCAAAUUGAUGAGGAAGUGGCCAAAUUGUUAAAGCUGAAGGCUCAAAUUGGAGGAGAUGAAGGCAAACACCAAUUCACGCUCAAGACUGCUAAGGGCACCAGGGACUAUAACCCUAAGCAGAUGGCCAUCAGAGAGAGAGUCUUCAACACCAUUAUUCGCUGUUUCAAACGCCACGGAGCCGAGACCAUCGACACGCCCGUCUUUGAGCUGAAGGAAACGUUGACGGGAAAGUAUGGGGAGGACUCUAAGCUCAUCUACGACCUGAAGGACCAAGGAGGAGAGAUGAUCUCACUGUAUCCUUGUAUUACUGUGCCCUUUGCCCGUUACCUGGCCAUGAACAAGAUCACCAACAUCAAGCGCUACCACAUCGCCAAGGUCUAUCGCCGUGACAACCCUGCCAUGACCCGCGGCCGCUACAGGGAGUUCUAUCAGUGUGAUUUUGACAUUGCAGGCCAGUACGACCCCAUGAUCCCAGACGCUGAGUGCCUGAAGAUUGUCCACGAGAUCCUGAGUGAGCUGGAGCUGGGAGACUUCCGCAUCAAGGUGAACGACAGACGUAUUCUAGAUGGGAUGUUUGCAGUGUGUGGUGUUCCAGAUGACAAGUUCCGUACUAUCUGCUCCACAGUGGACAAACUGGACAAGAUGUCGUGGGAGGAUGUAAAGAGUGAGAUGGUGAAUGAGAAGGGUCUCUCUGAGGAGGCAGCUGAUCAGAUCGGACAAUAUGUCAGUAUGCAGGGGGGAAUGGACCUAGCUGAGCGCCUACUGCAGGACGCUAAGAUGUCGCAGAGCAAGCAGGCGUGUGCCGGCCUCACAGACAUGAAGCAGCUCUUCAGCUACCUACAGCUCUUCCAGGUCACAGACAAGGUGGUGUUUGACCUAAGUCUGGCCCGUGGGUUGGACUACUACACAGGAGUGAUCUUUGAGGCCAUUCUGACUCAGAACGGCCCGGUCAAUGUGGCGGCGACCCAGAAUGGGGUGGACGAGAAGGCAGAGGAGGGAGUGAGCGUGGGCAGCGUGGCGGGUGGCGGGCGCUACGACGGCCUGGUGGGCAUGUUUGACCCCAAGGGCAGGAAGGUGCCGUGUGUGGGGGUCAGCAUCGGCAUCGAAAGGGUCUUCUCCAUCAUGGAACAGAAGGCUGAGGCAUCGGCGCAGAAGGUGCGCACCACAGAGACCCAGGUCAUGGUGGCCUCUGCACAGAAGAACCUCCUAAAUGAGAGACUCAGACUGACCGCUGAACUGUGGAACGCUGGGAUCAAGGCAGAGGUGAUGUAUAAGAAGAACCCCAAGCUGCUGAGCCAGCUGCAGCACUGCGAGGACUCUGGGAUCCCCCUGGUGGCGAUCCUGGGGGAGCAGGAGCUCAAGGACGGGGUGGUGAAACUCCGAACAGUCCACAGCCGAGAGGAGAUUGAUGUAUCGAGAGCAGAACUAGCAGAGGAAAUCAAGAAAAGGACCGCAGAUGUCUAAGUCAUGGUUUUUGCCUGACAGCACCCUGGGUCGUGGCCCAAACAGGUCUCACCGCUGCCUUCAACUGUGGAAUUUGUUCCACUCGUCCAGGCUGCUCUCAUUAUAUUAAGACCAUUAAAGGCAGUGGUUUCAUGCCAACUACCCAGACACCUGCGUAGCCUCAAGGACAAUGAACAUAAGACAUACUGUUGCAAGUCACUGCAUUACAGCUUCAGUCUGAGCACCAAGGUAAAAUAUGCCAGUUCUUUUAACCCACCAAUAAACAGAUUCAUCUGA